AUGGGCUGCGCCGUUGCAACAGCGAAGGAGCAUGCACUGGAGAAUGUGCAGGUGCUCCAGCUUGGCAGAAGCAAUUCACGGUCGUCCGAGGGCAAGGCCUCGCCCAGAGUGGAAGAGUUUCAAAACUCACUCCACAACACACUCGAGAACCUCACUUUGUUGCAGGACGAUGUGAGAUCGUCCUGGAAUGUCGCUCCGAUGAGGAGCUCCAAUAUUCCGAAAGGCGGUGUGGCAGUGCAGCCGGACCGCCGGCUGCAUGAAAGCCAUGUUCAGAGGAUCGACUCGUUCUUGAAGCAGGUGGAAGCAUCACCGAGGAUCCUGACCAUGAUGGUCGACCGGAGGAGAAAGAAAGACCACUCGCAGUCGCAGGAGACCAACAGUCGAAGGCAGAGUGCGGAGCCUCUGCCACGACGGAAAGGCCAUCGAAUGAUCGUCCAGGUGUGA